UCUGUCUCAGUCGAGUCCCGGCUCUCCUCCGCGCGUAAUGCGGACCUUCUCCUGCACCGGACACCGGAGAGACACCCGACAACACUCCACCAGUCGGCUCAGCUCAUGGGUUGCUGGAAAUUUAAAAAGGAAAUCAUUUGUUAUUCUCAAGGACUGAUAUCAUCCUUGGACAUAUUUUUUUUUUUUUACUUUUUCUGCGCGUAUAGUUUUCAAAGUGACCAACCCUUGAGAAUGUCAUUGCACAGUAGUAGUGUGUUCAUCUCUGGAUGCUCUGGAUGGUUGAAAUGGAUGACCACGUUACUUCACAUGGUUGUGUUGCUGCAGCUGGCGGUGUGGCAGACGACAGAGGCCAUCCACCCGGACUGCGCCCUGGUGGUUCAGCACAUGAAGGCUCAGGAAGAUUGUAACCAGAACCUCAAACAGGAGGAGAACAACCACUCCACCAGGACAGGUUGUCCGACAGCGUGGGACGAUAUCCGUUGCUGGUAUCAUGCCGAGGUGGGACAGGUGGUUAGCGUCUCAUGUGCCAACGUGUCCCAGCUGUUUGCUAAUAACCAAGGUUACAUCUACAGGAACUGCACUGAGGAUGGAUGGUCCGAGGUCUACCCGUCCUAUGAGGAGGCCUGCGAGUUCACAGAGUACGAAGAGACGGAAACAGAGACAACAUACUUCUCCAACUUCAAACAGGUGUACACUGCUGGCUACGCUACCUCCCUCAUCUCUCUCAUAUCGGCUAUUUUUGUCUUCACUGUGUUCAGGAAGUUUCACUGCACCAGGAACUACAUCCACAUCAACUUGUUCUUCUCCUUCAUCCUGAGAGCGAGUGCCGUCUUCAUUAAAGAUGGCGUUCUUUUUUCUGAUGAAAACCUGGACCACUGCUUCAUGUCUACUACAUCCUGUAAAUCAGCGGUGGCCUUCUUCCAGUUCAGCAUCCUGGCCAACUACUUCUGGUUGCUGGUGGAGGGCAUGUAUCUGCAGACGCUACUCGCUCUCACCUUUGUUUUCCAGAAGAAAUACUUCUGGUGGUACAUACUCAUCGGCUGGGGUCUCCCAACAACAAUAAUAACGGCGUGGAUCCUCACUCGAAACUUCUACGAUAACAAGGGGUGCUGGGAUGACACAGAUGUGGCUUUCAUCUGGUGGAUCAUAAAAGCGCCAAUAACUGCAUCACUACUGGUGAACUUCAUCAUCUUCAUCAAUGUGAUCCGUAUUCUGGUCCAGAAGCUGACAUCUCCCGGCGUCGGUGGCAACGACACCAGUCACUUCAAGAGGCUGGCCAAAUCCACCCUGCUCCUCAUCCCUCUGUUUGGGAUGCACUACAUGGUGUUUGCCUUCCUGCCUGAAAACACGGGAGCAGAGGCCCGAAUCUUCAUAGAGCUCGGCCUGGGAUCCUUUCAGGGAUUCGUUGUAGCCCUGCUCUACUGUUUCUUGAAUGGCGAGGUGCAAGCUGAACUGAAGAAGAGGUUUUGGGGGUGGCAGACUCAGAGUUACCUGAGCUACAGUAAACGACGGCGUACGUUGUUCACUGAGAGCAGCACGGUCACUCAGAUCUCCGUCCUGGACAAAUCCAGCCCCAAAGACCAGCCGGCCUCAGAGACACACACCCUCACACCCAGCAACGUCUCCACCGUCUGAGGAACAUUCACUGGCUGCCGUUCAUGUUUGUCAUUUUGACGACGUCCUGAGCAGUUUCCAGUGCUGAGAUUUGAAAGAGAAGUUCGUGGUCGUAGGCAAACCUCAGCAAUGUGCACACGUCUGAAGAAGACCCUCCGAGUCAUCAUCUAACCCUGGAAGCAGUAGAGGACAGCCACGACAAAGCCCUGAGGAGACACAGAGGGUCCAAGCAUGAGACAAAAACACCGACAUAUCCUCUGUAAAAAAAUAGCCGUGCAAAAUGAAACACUAAUGUGAAUAAAAGCAACAUGAUCAAUUUUGAAAGUUGUUAUUAAUGUUUUUACAUACAAUCAUUUUCUUAGAAUUUUGCUUUCAAGUUUCAUGUCAAGUCUAGUUUCCCUGCAGUCGGGUGUAAAGCCUUCAUUAUAGUUUUGUUAUUAUCCUCAUCCUUCCU